UAACUGAGGCCCAGCAAAGUGCAACUGGAGUCCAAUUGCACAGCACACGUGGUAUAAUGUAUAACCCGUACGGCUGUACAACAACAGCCCAAGUGAAAUAUUAGUUGUACUUUCCUUUCUAUGAGCAACUGCCUGCAAUGAUAUCAAUUAAUACAGUAUGUGUGAGUGCAUUAAUGUGUGUGUGUGUCUGCUGAUUAGUGUGUGCACAGAGCUGUGAGCUACUAAAUGCAGAGCACUUGCACUUUGUACUAGUUUCUAAACCUCCCACGUGAGAGGGACAGAGGAAUAAUGCCAGAAAAGCAGUUACAUGGAGAAAUGAAGGAAGGAAUACAGACUGAGGGAAUGUGAGGGAGUUCAGUCCUGGAUGAACACUAAUUUCUCUGGCGGGACGGGAUUGUUAAUGUCACCAGAGACAGCCUACCCUGAGUGAAAGGAACCUCCUUGUCCUGAGGGCAGAAGUGCCAGGCUGCUGUAGGAGUCACUGCUCCGCUUCUCACUGGAACUAAACAUGUUGGGGUUAAACACCACCGAGUUCAGCUCAAUGUCCACCAGAAGAGAUACCGAAAGAGCCUUACAUUUGCUCUACUCUUACCAAGCAGAGCUUGGCUCCCCAGAACAGCAGCAGCUCCGGACAUCCCUGCAGCAAGUGCUUUGCAUGCUGAGAAGUGACCUGUUUCAGGCUCUGCUUGACAUACAGGAGUGGUAUGAAGUCAUGCUGCGUUGUACACAGUCUGAGGCCACUGAGCACUCACAAAUGGAGCCCUACCAAAGCAAAAGAAUGCAGGAUCCUGAGAAUCCCCAGACUCAGGGAGAGAUGCCAAGCGGCCUAGAGAUUCAGUGUGUGCGUGUAAUGGCAAGGACGACUGAGCAAAAGGAGAGAGCCCUCACUCUGCUGAGCCCAUUGCACACAACCCUACCCAAGGCUGGUGCUGCUCCUCUCAUGGUGAACACAGACUGCCUGGACCCAGGUUCCUCGGUCAAUGGCAGCGACACAUUAUACAAGUAUGAAGAAAUAGUACUAGAAAGGGGCAAUUCGGGUCUAGGCUUCAGCAUUGCCGGAGGAAUUGAUAAUCCGCAUGUUCCUGAUGACCCUGGCAUAUUUAUUACCAAGAUCAUUCCAGGAGGAGCUGCAGCAAUGGAUGGUAGACUCAGUGUUUCAGACUGUGUCCUGCGUGUAAAUGAUGUGGAUGUGACGGAGGUCGUACAUAGUAAGGCAGUGGAGGCCUUAAAGGAAGCUGGUCCUGUGGUGAGACUUUUGGUGCGACGCAGACAGAGCCCCCCAGAAUCCAUUAUGGAGGUCAAUCUGCUGAAAGGACCCAAAGGACUGGGAUUCAGCAUCGCUGGGGGUAUUGGGAACCAGCACAUCCCAGGGGACAACAGCAUCUAUAUUACCAAGAUCAUUGAAGGGGGAGCAGCUCAGAAAGAUGGAAGGCUUCAAAUUGGGGACAGACUUCUAGCGGUCAAUAACACUAAUCUACAGGAUGUCAGACACGAGACGGCAGUAGCUUCUUUGAAGAAUACCUCAGAUAUGGUUUAUCUUAAAGUCGCCAAACCUGGCCCUGUUCACAUCAAUGAGAUAUAUGCGCCACCUGACUAUGCCAGCACUUUCACAGUAGAUAACCACAUAAGCCAUAACUCCAAUCUGGGGGGAUACCUGAGCAGUAUAGAAAGCAAGUCACCUUAUCCACCUUCCCAAGUUACCCCAUCCAGAUUCUCCCCAGUUCCUCGACAUAUGCUUGGAGAAGAAGACUUUACCAGGGAACAACGGAAGAUUAUCCUACAUAAGGGCUCCACAGGACUUGGCUUUAACAUAGUGGGUGGGGAGGAUGGAGAAGGCAUCUUCGUGUCCUUUAUCCUCGCUGGGGGACCGGCUGACCUGAGUGGGGAGCUACGCCGCGGGGAUCGCAUCCUUUCUGUGAAUGGGGUGAAUUUACGUAGUGCGACUCAUGAACAGGCUGCGGCGGCUCUGAAACGGGCAGGACAGACGGUGACAAUCGUAGCACAAUACCGACCUGAAGAAUAUAGCCGCUUUGAGUCAAAGAUCCAUGAUUUGCGUGAACAAAUGAUGAACAGCAGUAUGAGCUCGGGAUCCGGUUCCUUGCGUACCAGUGAAAAGAGGUCCCUAUAUGUAAGAGCACUGUUUGACUAUGACCGUUCUCGGGACAGCUGUCUUCCCAGCCAGGGUCUGAGCUUCUCUUAUGGAGACAUACUACAUGUCAUCAAUGCAUCUGAUGAUGAAUGGUGGCAGGCACGACUAGUUACACCACAUGGGGAGAGCGAACAGAUCGGUGUUAUUCCCAGCAAAAAACGGGUUGAGAAAAAGGAGAGAGCUCGCCUGAAAACAGUCAAAUUCCAUGGACGCUCAGGCAUAGAUUCUAAUAGGUCCAUCAAAUCCAAGCGUAAAAAGAGUUUCCGAUUGUCUCGCAAGUUUCCAUUUUACAAAAACCUUGUUCAGGAGAACAGCACUGCACAAGCCGUAACAUCAAACACCAGUGACAGUGAGAGCAGUUCCAAGGGCCAGGAAGACACAAUUUUAUCCUACGAGCCAGUCACUCGACAAGAAAUUCACUACGCUCGACCAGUUAUUAUUUUGGGCCCCCUAAAGGAUAGAGUUAACGAUGACCUCAUUUCUGAAUUUUCGCAUAAAUUUGGCUCCUGCGUCCCCCACACAACCCGGCCGCAAAGGGAAAAUGAAGUUGACGGACAAGAUUAUCACUUUGUGGGUUCCCGUGAGCAGAUGGAGAAGGACAUUCAAGAAAACAAGUUCAUUGAGGCGGGACAAUUCAAUGACAACCUUUACGGAACGAGUGUUCAGUCUGUGCGAGCAGUGGCUGAACGGGGAAAGCACUGCAUACUUGAUGUAUCUGGAAAUGCCAUCAAGAGACUACAGCAAGCACAAUUGUUCCCCAUAGCUAUUUUUAUUAAACCAAAAUCUAUAGACGCUCUCAUGGAAAUGAACCGGAGGCAAACAUUUGAGCAGGCUCAAAAAAUGUUCGAUAAAGCCACCAAGCUGGAGCAAGAGUUUGGAGAAUUCUUUACAGCCAUCGUACAGGGAGACUCUCUAGAGGAAAUCUACAACAAGAUCAAGCAGAUCAUCGAGGAUCAUUCCGGCCAUCACAUCUGGGUGCCAUCUCCUGAGAAACUCUAAAGUCUACACUGCCCAGAUUAGACAUAACCGACCCCCCAAGCCCUGACCCCCACAGUUUCCUCCAUCAGCCCCCACUUCUGAAUCGUAGGGGUUUUGUGUGAGUUUCUGCCAUCAAAUGCGGGAGAUCUUUGUCCCAUCAGUUGCCCCAAAAGUGUAUUGGCUCCUGCGAGCUAUACUGACCCAAAGGUGGGGGGCGGAAUUUCUAAGAGGCCGUAAGGAAUAUACAACCUUCACCACCCCCCACCCCCUACGAGUGAAGGGGGUCUAAAUAGUCUAUGAACAUUCGUUUUAUAAAUGCAAAAAAAAAAGGGAAAAAAACAUGAGACUGUGUUCUUCAUAUCUUUCCCCGACCCCUAACGGAUUGGAAGAAGGCAUAUUUAUAUACAUACAUAUAUAUAUAUAAUGUAAGUGUGAGUGUGUGUAUAUAUAAUUUAUAUAUGACUAUAUAUAUAUAUUAUAUAUAUUUUGGCCGUGAUGGGAUAUUGGUCCCUGCUAUUCUAUUGUUUGUAAGGAUUUUUUUAAAGUUCUCUUUUCCUGUGAUUGACAGAGCUGUUGACUCUGUAAUGGUACUCUAUAGCCUGUCCAUCUUGGCUGGAUUUGCUUGCUCUGGGUAAGAGGCAAAGGAAUGUCUGCAACAUAAUGGCGGUCAAGCCAGCAUCAAACAUGGGAAAGUGUCGACCAGCGAUGCAGCUGCUUGUCGAGGAGCUCUAUCUCUAUGCCUCCUUGGUGCCCGAACUUCACCGAUGACUCGAAACAGACACAAUGUGCAUUACCUUUAAGAAAUCUAUUAUGUUGGACGGACAUGAAUCAAACUGGUUCUUCCAUCGUUUGUUGUGCCGAAGGUUCUGUGAACCAGCCUGCUGCGCAUCCCCCUGGGAAGAGGCAUAAUCAAACCUGAAGAUUUGGGGCUGACCCGCCCCCCCAUCUUUAUACUUUAGGAGAACAGCUCUGAUCAUAUCUGUGCCAUUCCAAUGGAUAUUGACUUGUACGAUGCCUGUAACUCCGUCUGUUGCAGUGCCGUGUCGCUUGUCCACACAUUGGCCACCACCUUAAGGAGCGGUUUGAUUUAUAAUAGGAUUUUUUUUUUUUAUUUGCCAUCUUUUUCCCUAUUGUAAACUUGUGAAAGUUCUCCUCUGGGAUUUGCACGUGCUACAUAAAGGUGUGCAUGGACAUGCUCUCCGCCGGGGCUUUUAAUCAAACCGACAGAGCAGACCCGGCGUCUCUCCUCCAAGGACUGACACUGAAUUUUCUCAUCUGAAUGCCGACAGAAGUUGGCGAUAGAAUGGAAUAUGCCAGACAAAAGUCCACCACGAGCAGACGGGACUUCUAAUCCUGCUCCAUCUGCAUGAAGGCUUUUUUUUUUUUUUAUUUGAUUUUAUUGGACCAGUCGCAUCAGCAUUUUUCAUGGUAACUUCCAUUUUAACUGAACGGGUAUUUAAAAAAAAAAAAAGUUUUCUUUUAAAAUUUUCAUUCGAAAGGGAAAAAAAAUAUUUUCUUUUAUUUCAGAUCAGUAUUUUUGCCACCUAAAUAGCUGUGAGCCUGGCACGAUGUGGGAAGGGUUUUUAGCUUUACAGCGAGGACCAAUCCGUGCCGAGUGCCAUGAACCCAUCUCUCAGUGACCUAAUAUCUGCUGUGUGCCAAUUAAAGGUCCUUGUUGCUCUGAUGCUGCUGUCUGUGCUGCUGGAAUGUUAUAUUGACCUAACGAUGUAAAAAAACAAAGGGCUUUGGCCUGUCUGCAGGAGACGGGUGCAUAUAGAGCACGGGGUUGUGGAGAUCAGCACAUAACAGAGUGGGAUCUUGCUUACACAGGGAGCUCUGUGCGACAUUAAAGAUGGUGUUUCCUGUUAAAGGAACCCAGGAGCAUUCUAUACACAGAGAAAUAAUCUCCUGCUGACUGUGAAACUCCAUACAACACAGUGAGAAUCUUCUUCAUCCAAACACAACUCCGUAGGGUUUUUUUUUUUUUUUUAAACCAUAGGAGUUCUGUCACUGUGUGGGAGUCCAGAAUAAAUGCACCUUCAUGUGCAAGGAUAGCCCCCCUUUCUCACUUGGCACGCUUGAGAGCAGGCUACAAGUUUAACGUAUCAGAAUUUCUAUACGAGUUUGCAGAGACUGCAUCACAUGGAGUCGGGAUGGUUCAGCGCCCACAUCCGCAGACAUCGGCAUUAGGUUUGCGUUUAGAUGAGAGCUUUGUUUUCCAGUUCUAAAGAGAGAAAAACAUCUUUUUAAAGUCAUGUUGAAAAUCCACAAACCUCAGGGUCCUUUCCCCGCGGGAAUAAGAAGGAGGCUCUCUUCCAUCCACUUGGUACUUGGCAGUGCAGGAGUCAAUCGGAUGUAUCAAAUGGUGCCUCAUUUGUGGAGUCCCGGAGCUGCUGGUGUUGGUUGCUCUGCACUGCCUGGAUGGAAGCGCAGGGGUCGGACAAUUUAGGGCUACAUAUUGUUGGCUUCCUAUAUAUAGUAAGUGGAAGCGCAUUGUGGCUGAGCAGAGUUGGAAGAGCAGGUUUUGUAGCUGACACUGUGGGAAAUUUUAGGAAUUCUCUCUGUUCCAACGUGUGAGCCACAUUUUGUGAAACUCGCUUUCCCGAAGCUUGAAUCAGGUGUGGAGACGCAGUCCUGCUGCCGCCCACGAUAGAAGAGCUGAGCAGCUGGUGGUGUGGUUCACAUGUGUUCUAUUACACAACCUUUUCUAUACAUAUAUAUCUAUCCAUGCCUUCCCCUCCCCCACUGUAAUUUACAAUAAUGCAGAAACUUAAAUUGAAUCGGAUUGUUUAAAGAAAUGCUGGAAAACCCAGGAGGCACAUAUAUUUUUUAAUAAACAGUUACAACCA